AUGUGCAAAGAAGUCUGCGUUCAAAACAUUGCACAAAUCACCGACCUCGGCGAAUUAUCCUACGAACUCGUCAAAGACAUCCUCGAGAAAGUCCACAAUGCCAACCAGCUUCGACUGAUCGAAGCCAACUCGCCCCAUUUCCUCAGCGAGACCGAGGGCCUCUGGCGGGCCUUGAUCAGAAAGAAGUUCCCGUCUGAGAGCGCAGAGCAUAGAUAUGAGCCGGAUCUAUUUAAGGACGAGUCCUGGGCCGACAUCUAUGACAGAUACAAUCUUGAGCAGAAGCAGAAGGAUGCCGCGGCGGAGGCACAGCUCAAGAUGGCAUUUGCUGGUCUGAAGAACCAGAAGGAGCAGAGCACCACCAGGAUUGUUGCUGCUAAGUCCCUCCCGAACAUUAAGAAGGUGACGCGGAGUGGUGGCGGCUUCGGCCCCAAGAGACACGGCGGCCCCAGUGGCUCGAGCCGUCUAGCUUUCGGUGGAGGUAGUCGUACGACCGGUAUCAUUCAGAAAGCAAGACGGGAGGCUCGCGAAGCCGCCAACAGACGUCAACUGUCCACAGCCUCCGGCAGCCUUCUUGUUCGGCCUGGUCAGAUCAAGGCCGCCCCUGAAGCUAUGGUCAAUGACCACCGCAUUAGUGCCCAGCCCAAGCUCAAAAUCGUUGCUCCGGGUAGGAACAGGAACAUCUCGAAACGACCAUUCGGGGAAGAUGAUCUACUAAGCAGAGAAGAGAGGCUGCGGCAAGCCAAGAAAGCAAAAAUUGCUACAAGUCCUACCGAGAACUCCACGCUGGGUGCACACAACGAGGCCGUGGCUCGGACCAGAGCUUCGGUGCCACAGUCCACAGUAUUGCCCACAAGGAAGAUCCGCCGAGGUAUACUGUCGAACGCCCCUCGGCCAAGGGAGGAGAAGAAUAUCAGAGUUGUCUCCCCGGAUAAGGAAGAACCAAAGAUCCUCCCCCGGGUCCCGGUCAUCAACAAGACCUACACCCCGCCGCAACUCCUUCCUGCUAACCCACGACCGAAGGCGAAGCCCACCAACAUUCGGCCGCCUCGAAGAACCCCAAGUCCAUCUCCCCCGCAUGGGCUCCGCGAGGACACACCCCCAUACGCGUCCCCUGGCUCUUCGCCCUUGAGGAAGCCGGUCCAGCCCUCCAGUCCUGUAUUAGGCGCAGCUCGGAGCCCAGAGAGAGGCCCAAUGAUGAUGCCGCGCAAGAAGAAGCCCGCGGAUAUUUUCAUGAAGACGAAGAAGACAGGUCGCUAA